AUGGACCAAGGUGAAAAGAGAGAAUACACCAGAAAAUACACCAGAUUUGCUGCUCGAUACGCAAGAGACCAUCCUGAAGCUGACGAGGACGAAAUAGAGCAAAAGUACAAUGAGUCAAAUCAAG